CGAAUUUCCGUUAGAGCCGGAAGCUAAGGGGCGAGCACUUUUCUGUAGCGCUCCUCGUGUUUGCGGCCGCAGAAGCGGGCUUCUUUCUCCAAGUCGGGGUACUUCGUAGCCGGCACCAUGACGGUGGGCAAGAGCAGCAAGAUGCUGCAGCACAUCGACUACAGGAUGAGGUGCAUCCUGCAGGAUGGCCGCAUCUUCAUCGGCACCUUCAAGGCCUUUGACAAGCACAUGAACCUGAUCCUGUGUGACUGUGAUGAGUUCAGGAAGAUCAAGCCAAAGAAUGCAAAACAACCUGAACGUGAGGAAAAGAGGGUUCUGGGACUGGUGCUGCUUCGUGGGGAGAACUUGGUCUCUAUGACUGUGGAAGGCCCACCCCCUAAAGAUACAGGCAUUGCCCGUGUGCCGUUAGCUGGAGCUGCAGGAGGCCCUGGGAUUGGCAGGGCUGCAGGCAGAGGUGUGCCAGCUGGUGUUCCUAUGCCCCAGGCUCCUGCAGGCUUAGCAGGACCUGUCCGGGGAGUUGGUGGGCCUUCCCAACAGGUGAUGACCCCCCAGGCAAGAGGGACUGUAGCAGCUGCUGCAGUUGCUGCCACGGCCAGUAUUGCAGGAGCUCCAACACAGUAUCCCCCUGGCCGAGGAACUCCUCCCCCACCUGUGAGCCGAGGGACGCCUCCUCCAGGCAUGAUGGCUCCUCCUCCUGGAAUGAGACCUCCCAUGGGCCCCCCAAUGGGGAUGCCCCCUGGUCGAGGUGCACCAAUGGGGAUGCCCCCUCCUGGCAUGAGACCCCCUCCUCCUGGAAUGAGAGGUCCCCCUCCCCCAGGAAUGCGCCCACCAAGACCUUAGGAUUCCUCGGCUGCUGUGAUGCUGCCUCUGACUGGAGGCUGUAUAUAGUUUUGUGGGCUUUUUGUAUAAAGUGUGCUGCUUUUAAAUCGAUUCAUAAUAAACUCUUGGGG